AUGGCAACUGCUGCUGAAGAAAAAAUUGAAAUAGUCGAAGUAGAUCCCGCAACACUAAAUCCACUUUCUCCUGAAGUCAUUUCAAGACAAGCAACUAUUAACAUUGGUACUAUUGGACACGUGGCUCAUGGAAAAUCCACUGUUGUGAAAGCGAUCUCUGGUGUUCAAACUGUACGUUUCAAGAACGAACUUGAACGUAAUAUCACCAUAAAAUUAGGAUAUGCUAAUGCAAAGGUUUAUAAAUGUGAAAAUGAAGAAUGUCUCAGACCUGGGUGUUACAAAUCGUAUCGAAGUGAUAAGGAGGAACAUCCAUUGUGUGAAAGAGCUGGAUGUGGCGGGAAAAUGAAAUUGUUACGUCAUGUUUCAUUUGUAGAUUGUCCUGGUCACGAUAUUCUUAUGGCUACCAUGUUGAAUGGUGCAGCUGUUAUGGAUGCAGCUCUUCUAUUAAUUGCAGGAAAUGAAUCAUGUCCACAACCACAAACAAGAACCGUUGCUGAUGGCGCGCCAAUAGUUCCAAUAUCGGCACAAUUAAAAUAUAACAUUGAUGUUAUUAAUGAAUAUAUCGUCAAGAAAAUUCCCAUCCCAAUACGCGACUUUACAUCUGAUCCUCGAUUAAUUGUGAUUCGUUCAUUUGACGUAAAUAAACCAGGUGCAGAAGUCAACGAACUCAAAGGUGGUGUUGCGGGUGGUUCAUUAUUAUGUGGUGUUUUAAAGGUUGGCGAUGAAAUUGAGGUAAGACCGGGCAUUCUUACAAAAGAUAAUGAGGGGAAAAUACACUGUAAACCUAUUUUUUCAAGAAUUGUUUCUUUAUUUGCUGAGCAUAAUGAUUUAAAAUUUGCUGUACCUGGUGGAUUGAUUGGUGUUGGUACCAAAAUUGACCCUACGCUUUGUAGAGCUGAUCGUUUAGUUGGUCAAGUAUUAGGAUCUGUUGGUAAACUUCCACAAAUUUACACAGAACUUGAAAUUAAUUAUUUCUUGUUGAGAAGGUUAUUAGGUGUUAAAACUGACGAUAAAAAACAGACAAAAGUUAGUAAAUUAACAAAAAGUGAGGUAUUGAUGGUUAAUAUAGGUUCAACUUCAACAGGUGGACGUGUGUUGAAUGUAAAAACUGAUAUGGCAAGAAUUCAAUUAAUUGGAUGGGGAAAGAUUAAAAAAGGUGUCACGAUCGAGCCUGAUAGUUAG